ACUCAGACAGCUGCUCUGAUUGGACCGGAUCCUUCUCCAGGACAAGCUCCCACUCAGAGGACUGGUCAAAGAUGGCGUCGUUGGGGUGUUUUCUUCGCUCCGGGAAGAAUGCCGUGUCGGUGGUCCUACGAAGGGAGUUCAGCAAGACUCCUCCGGCUGCUGUGCAGGUGAAUGUCCGAGAUGCCCUCAACCAGGCCAUGGAUGAGGAACUGGAGAGGGAUGAGAGAGUCUUCCUUCUGGGGGAGGAGGUGGCUCAGUAUGAUGGAGCCUACAAGGUCAGCAGAGGGUUGUGGAAGAAAUAUGGAGACAAACGCAUCAUCGACACGCCAAUCACAGAGAUGGGAUUUGCUGGCAUUGCUGUUGGUGCUGCAUUCGCCGGGUUGAGGCCAAUCUGUGAGUUCAUGACCUGGAAUUUCUCCAUGCAAGCCAUCGACCAGGUGAUCAACUCCGCUGCUAAGACCUACUACAUGUCAGCCGGAGCCCAGCCUGUCCCCAUUGUGUUCCGCGGCCCCAACGGCUCCUCCGCAGGCGUGGCAGCCCAACACUCCCAGUGUUUCGCUGCCUGGUACGGCCACUGCCCCGGCCUCAAAGUAGUCAGCCCCUGGAACUCUGAGGACGCCAGAGGGCUCCUUAAAGCAGCUAUCAGGGACGACAACCCUGUGGUGUUCCUGGAGAAUGAGCUGAUGUACGGUGUGCCCUUUGACCUGUCUGAGGAGGUUAUGCACAAAGACUUUGUCGUACCUAUUGGAAAGGCCAAGGUGGAAAGACAAGGAACCCAUAUCACUCUAGUGUCACAUUCCCGGUGUGUGGGUUUCUGUCUGGAUGCAGCGACUGUCCUGGCUAAGGAGGGGGUUGAAUGUGAGGUGGUUAACCUGCGCACCAUAAGGCCCCUGGAUGUGGACACCAUUGAGGCCAGUGUGAUGAAAACCGGCCAUCUGGUCACAGUGGAGGGGGGCUGGCCCCAGUACGGAGUGGGGGCUGAGAUCUGUGCCAGAGUCAUGGAGGGCCCUGCCUUCAACUACCUGGAUGCCCCUGCAGUCCGCGUGACCGGUGUCGACAUCCCCAUGCCCUACGCUAAGAUCCUGGAGGACCACAGUGUACCUCAGAUCAAAGACAUCAUCUUCUCAGUCAAGAAGGUCUUGAAUAUGUAAACAUAUUGUAACAUUGUGAACAUUGUCCUUAUUCAGAUACAUUAAUACCUACAAUUACUUGCUCUUCUGUUUCCUGAUUGGAUAGGGGACAAAAAAAGAUGGUGAUGUCAUCUAGUAGGGAUCUGUCAUUGAUCCAUUGGUGAAAAGAAACUCUCUCUAAGAAGAAGAAUACAUUGUGGAUUGUAAGGAAGUGUAUUUCUUAUUGUAACAUCAUCAGACUAUUUUAUUGCUAUAAAUUGCUCUGUUACAGAAAUAAAACUCCCAUUUUAUCAUUCUGGAAA